GCAAACUGGAAGCAACUGGCGCCAUAUGAUACUAACGGGACGUGGAGAUGCCUUCUAACAAGUCUGUGUCUGAUGCCCCCAUCGUCCAGUUUAGGAACUGCAGGAUCCUGAGGGACCAUACGCUGCAGAGGGAAGAUCUGUGGGUUCGACAGGGCAAGGUCCUAAACCCUGAGAAACUGUUCUUCGAUGAAAAGGGAUAUGCUGACAUGCAGGUGGACUGCCGUGGGCUUAUCAUUGCGCCUGGCUUUAUCGACACCCAAUUAAAUGGCGGAUUUGGGGUGGAUUUCUCUUUUGAAUCCAACGAUGUAAAAACAGGGAUCUGUGUGGUCAGCAAAAAUAUACUGUCGCACGGAGUGACCUCUUUCUGCCCAACACUUGUGACGUCUCCCUCAUCCAUCUAUCACAAGGUUCUUCCUCAGAUCUCUGUAAGGGAUGGUGGCCCAGAAGGGGCAGGAGUGCUAGGUGUCCACCUGGAGGGGCCAUACAUAAGCCGGGAGAAGAAAGGCGCCCAUCCGGAACACUGCCUACGUUCAUUCAGUGAAAGGGGGUUCGCCGAUCUCCUGGAUACUUACGGGACGUUAGAGAAUGUCAGCCUUGUCACCUUGGCUCCUGAGAUGGAGAGGAGUACAGAGGUGAUCAAAGAACUGGUUCAGCGUGGGAUCUGUGUGUCCCUUGGUCACUCAGUUGCUAACUUGUCUCAGGCUGAGGAUGCAGUGAGUCACGGAGCCUCUUUUAUCACUCACCUCUUCAAUGCCAUGCUGCCUUUUCAUCACCGUGACCCAGGAAUUGUGGGGUUACUAACAAGCGAUCAGAUUCCAAAGGGAAAGACUGUAUAUUAUGGAAUGAUUGCAGAUGGAAUCCACACAAACCCGGCGGCCCUGAGAAUUGCUCACCGUGCACACCCCAAGGGUCUAGUUCUUGUGACAGAUGCCAUCACAGCCAUGGGCCUUGGCCCUGGUAAACACACCCUGGGCCAACAGGAGAUACUGAUUGAAGGGCUAAAUGCUUAUGUGGCAGGAACACAUACUCUGGCCGGCAGCAUUGCUACUAUGGAUAUGUGUGUAAGGCACUUUCAUGAAGCUACAGGCUGUACAGUAGAGGAAGCGCUGGAGGCCGCAUCCUUACAUCCAGCUCAGGUUCUGGGUAUUCAGGAUCACAAAGGGACUCUGGAUUUUGGGGCAGAUGCAGAUUUUGUUUUGCUGGAUGACUCUCUGCAUGUUAAAGCCACCUACAUCGCUGGAAAGCUGGUAUGGGAACCUUCAGCUCGGAAUUAAGGCGAUGCACAAAGGAAAGCUGGUCUGCUGGUGCCUUUAAUACCUCUGUGCAGAACAGUGCAAAGGCAACUGGGCACAAAGGGUAUCCUAGUAAUGCUAAAGCAUCACAAUGCUGAGGACCAGCCAUUUUCAUUCUAGAAUGCUGUUGCCAGCUAAUUCACAGGACAAAAAAAGGGAACUUUUACUGCACUGAGGAGCAGCGGUAUAGAGCUCAGCCAUAUAGCUUUGGAGCUCAGUACGCUCCUUGUGCUGUUGCUGCUAUCUGUAGAGCUACAGGCAGCCAUUCAUGGUCCAGGGACCAUUCAUAAGAACUGAAUGGAGGGGCAGCACUUCAUUUGCUUUGGCUACUGUUACAUGGCAGUCAUUGGCUUGAAGGCAGCACCAAUAUUAAUGCCGAUUCUAUUCAAAAGCAUUGGAAUAUUCCUUCUUAAAGCAAGGAUUCCUACAAAUCCUCAUAGAACUUAACAUUAACUAACACUAACUUUAAUGCCAAUGCCAGCUCUUGACAAAUCUAGCUUUCAGAGUCAUUUAUCAACUACAGUUAUUUUUUUUUUCCAGUUACCAUUUGCUUGGACUGCAAUGCCCUCUGUAUUCUCUUUACUGCAGCUCUCUAAUGUUAUGCUUUCAAACUUUGAGAGCCAGAGAUAGAAGUGCAGAGAAUAUAAAUAUAAAUAGCCAGAUAGAUACUGAAUCAGAAUGGUUAAAACCAUUCCAAAUGUUUAAUGAAUGUAUAGAAAAUAAGCUCACAAGCUAUGGGAAUAGUAUUAUUUCCAAUGAUGGAAAAAAACAAGAACGAUGACCUCCUUAUUCUAAUGGUAAAAUGCCCUCCAAUUGAAAAUAAAAUGACCAAAUUUGAGUGUGAAUAGAGGCAGUCUGUCUUUGGGGUGGCACAUUCCUUUAGGUAUUGCUCUAUUACAUAUUAUAUUAUUAUAGUAAUUAUUAUGUAGCCCAUCCCUGCAUAGACUUCUUUAUUCUUCAGAUAUGCACUGCAUCGGUUACUGACAUUAAUCCUUGCACAGUUUUAAUGUAAAAUUUUUAAACGGCCAUUUGGUCUUGUAAGUAGUUUGGAAUGAAGUGCAGAUAAUGACUGUAAAUGUGGGGCAUUUGCAUAGUAGCCUUAAUCUGGCCAUAUCCAUACACCAUUCACCGGCUCUUUCUAGAGUAGUAUAAGGCAUGAUGCUGGGAAUAAUAUAUUAAUGGGAAUUUCUGAAUACGCUUUAUUUGCCAUAUUCUUUGGAACAGAAAUAAUUGCAGCUAGCUGGAUGGUUCUGCAAUGUGUUCUAUAAGGGCAUCUUACCAAAUGUAACCAUAUUCCUGCAUCUCAGAAUAAAAGGCAAUAAAAUGA